GAAGUGGGGGUUUUGGAUUGAAGAAGAAGAAGAAGAAGCCCUAAUUUCUUUCUGCUCACCAAAAUUCAUCUAUGCCUAAUUUCCUGUAUUUAUCGUCAUCACCAUCACUGACCUCCAUCUUCUUCCUCUUCAUAUGCUUCCCAAUUUCAUCAUUCUCUCUUCCUUUCAUCGUACUUCACGGAAUUGGAGAUCAAUGUUCAAAUAGAGGAAUGACCAAGUUCACCCAGGAACUGAGUGACAUGUCCAAAUCUGAAGGAUUUUGCAUUGAGAUUGGAGAUGGAGCAUGGGAUUCCUGGUUUAUGCCCCUGCUAGAACAGACUCAAGUUGUCUGCGAGAAGGUGAAGAAAAUGAAAGAACUCAAUGAUGGUUACAACAUAGUUGGGCUCUCCCAGGGUAAUUUAAUAGGCCGAGGUGUAGUAGAAUUUUGUGAUGGCGGACCUCAGGUUAAGAAUUUAAUCUCCUUAGGAGGACCUCAUGCUGGUACAGCCUCUGUGCCGCUUUGUGGUUCUGGCAUUUUCUGCAUGAUAGCAGAUGCACUUAUCAAGUCAGAGGUUUAUAGUGAUUAUAUCCAGGAACACUUGGCCCCCAGUGGUUAUCUCAAAUUGCCAAAUAACAUGGAUGCCUACUUACAACACUGCAGAUUUCUUCCAAAGCUUAACAAUGAAAUUCCUGAAGAGCGAAACUCCACAUACAAGGAGCGAUUUAGCAGCUUAGAAAAUCUGGUGCUUAUCAUGUUUGAGCAGGACACGGUAUUGAUACCUAAAGAAACUGCUUGGUUUGGAUAUUUUCCUGAUGGAAAGUUCAGUCCAGUGUUGACUCCACAACAGACCAAGCUUUACAUUGAAGAUUGGAUCGGUCUGAAAACACUGGAUGAUGCUGGAAGAGUGAAGUUCAUCAACGUCUCAGGAAAUCAUCUUGGGAUUUCGGAAGAUGAUGUGAAAAAGCAUGUUAUCCCUUACUUGAAGGAAAGUGCAGACAUUAGAAUCUCACAGUUACAGUUGCAGAGGAAGAGCAGGAAGGAAGCAGGAUUUGAAGGAUAUUCAUCUUCUUAUACAUGGCCAGCAUCAGUUAAAAGGUUUUUUUGGUGAUCUACAUGGAGUUAAACCAAUGAUACUGUUGAAAUGAAGCUUGGUUGAGGCAACCGACAGAAAGAAGAUGCAUUCAAAUGUAAUAGUAAUACUAAUAGUGGGCAAAGUGAGUUUGGUUUGAGAAGAUUGAUGAGAUACAGUAAACUGUAUGUAUUGUACCACUUGUGCAUGAUGACAUGUUAUUGUGUUGGUCAUAAGUAUUUCAUAAAAGUCUAAGGGUGGUGAGAAUGCAAAUGCUGCAGGCUUAUUCCAAGAUGUAUACUUGACUUCAACAAUAAUAUAAUUAACUGUUAUAGUUAA